AAGCUUGUGUCGUCGGCGCUUCUUUGCUGCUGGGGUCCUAACUGAAUUUUGCUUUUGUCCUCCCCGGUUAUGAUCAGGCCGGCCUGUCACUAGUUCCCUUCGUUUCGGCAGGUCAGCUCUUCGGUGAGGGUCGGCAAGAUGCAGUCAAUCUCCCCUGUAUACUCGUCCGCGACAGACAGGCGCUACUCUCCACCAUGGGCGGAUUUGAGUAUUAUCGGUAUCGCAGGCAGCUCCGGCUCCGGCAAGACCUCGGUGGCCAUGGAGAUUGUGAAAUCCCUGAAUCUUCCCUGGGUUGUGAUUCUCGUAAUGGACUCCUUCUACAAGAGCUUGUCCCCAGAGGAUCAUGCCAGAGCCCACCGCAAUCAAUAUGACUUUGACUGCCCGGAGUCUCUGGACUUUGAUGUCCUGGUCCGAACGCUAAGGGAUUUGAAGCAAGGAAAGAAAGCAGAUAUCCCCAUUUACUCGUUUGCAGAACACCAGCGUCAGCCUGAAACGAGUACCCUGUAUUCCCCUCGCGUAUUGAUCCUGGAGGGUAUUUUGGCCUUGCAUGACCCGAGGAUUAUGGAGCUUCUAGAUGUCAAGAUCUUUGUUGAAGCAGACAUGGAUGUCUGUCUUGGGCGCAGAAUCAUGCGCGAUGUUCGUGAGAGAGGAAGAGACGUCGAAGGAAUCGUCAAGCAGUGGUUCACUUAUGUGAAGCCCUCAUAUAAGCAAUACGUUGAACCUCAGCGAGCUGUCUCUGACAUCAUCAUUCCCCGUGGUAUCGAAAACCGAACGGCCAUUGAAAUGGUUGUGCAACAUAUUCAGCGCAAGCUUGAUGAGAAGUCAGAGAAGCAUAAUGCAGAGCUCAACCGGCUUGGUCUCAUCGCCUCGGAAGAGCAACUAUCUUCUAACGUCUUGAUGAUGCCCCAAACACCGCAAUUUGUUGGCAUGAACACCAUCCUCCAGGAUCCGGCAACGGAACAAGUUGACUUUGUGUUCUACUUUGACCGACUUGCCGCUUUACUGAUCGAGAAGGCUUUGGAUAUGACCAACUACGUAUCACAAGCAGUGGAUACACCUCAAUCGACCAGCUAUGAGGGCUUGAACCAAGCUGGUGUAGUGUCUGCCGUCGCAAUCCUUCGCGGAGGCUCUUGCCUCGAGACCGCGCUCAAGCGCACCAUACCUGACUGCAUCACCGGUCGUGUGCUGAUCCAAACCAAUGAAAAGAACGAAGAACCCGAGCUUCACUACCUUAAGCUCCCUCCCAAUAUUGAGAACCACGAGAACGUCAUGCUCCUCGACCCUCAGAUGUCCAGUGGAGGUGCUGCUCUAAUGGCGGUCCGUGUCAUGAUUGACCACGGUGUCCAAGAGGACAAGAUUAUUUUCGUGACCUGCGCUGCAGGAAAGAUCGGACUGAAGCGACUGACUACAGUGUUCCCUGGAAUUAAGGUUAUAGUUGGUCGCAUUGAGGAAGAGCGCGAACCUCGGUGGAUUGAAAAGAGAUAUUUCGGCUGUUGAGUUACGGUCAGGAUCUAAGCCUGGAGUACAUGAGCUGUGGAAAUAGGCCUAUAUAUAUGCAUCUCACUACAUAUACAUGAUAUAAU